AUGGAUGAGAAUAUUUCAAAUCCAAUUAUAUUAAUUCCUGGUCUAGGAGGAGCUCAAGCUUAUUGUCAACUAAAACAACCAAAAUCUAAUGAAUUCCCAAUAUGGCUUAAUCUAUUUUAUAUGAUGAUUCCGGAAAAAUUACGACAUUAUUUCGGUUUAUAUCUUAAUCCGAUUACACUGAAUAGUGAAAAUACUGACACAUGUAAUGUUAUAUUCCCUGGUUGGGGUGAUACACACACAAUUGAAUAUUUACAGACGAAUGGUUUUCGUUUUUUUAAUUAUUUUGGUCGCCUUGUGAAUUCAUUGUUACAGAAUAAAUUUUUCGUUAAAAACUUUACACUUCGUGGUGCUCCAUAUGAUUUUCGUAGAUUACCAUAUGAAAAUACCGAUUUUAUGAAUAAAUUAAAAUUAUUGGUUGAAGAGACCUACACAAAUGCUAAUCGACGACCGGUGGUUUUACUUGGUCAUAGUAUGGGUUCACUGUAUACGCUAAAUUUUCUUAAUAAACAAACAAAAUCAUGGAAAAAGAAAUAUAUAAAAUCAUAUAUAUCAGUGUCUGCACCAUUUGGUGGAGCUGUCAAAGCGUUGUUAAGCGUGAUAACUGGCGAUAAUUUCGGUAUAUUUUAUCGUACACCAUUGAGUUUUCGACCUAUUCUACGGUCAUUCUCUUCUGUUAUAUCCAAUAUACCUGAUCCAAGAAUAUGGCCUAGUAAUAAUGUAUUAAUUACUACUCCGGAUAAAAAUUAUACAGCACAUGAUUAUUCAGCACUUUUUCAAGAUAUAGGUUUUCCAGUAGGUUAUCAAGUACACAGAAAAACUCUUCGUGAAUUUAUGACACUAGAUUAUCCUAAAGAUAUUCCCGAAGUAUACUGUGUCUAUAGUUCCGGUUUAUUAACAAUAAAAAGACUUGUUUAUAAACCACCAAGUCUAUUUCGCUUAGAAUUUCCUAAUCAGUCACCAAAGUUAGAAUAUGAAGAUGGUGAUGGUACAGUGAAUAUGCAAAGUUUACAAUAUUGUAAUAAAUGGCCUAAUGCAUCAGUUAUACACUUAGCCAUAUCUAAUCAUGUUCCAAUUUUAGCUGACAAACGCUUUUUACAGUUUGUACACAACCAUGUUACUACUAAACGUUCAAAACGGUGGUAA